AUGGACAUCGACAAGAAGACCCCGGAUGUAGAAGCGGGCAGGGAGUCACCCACCAUCGAACCAACACCUCUCGGGACCAACAACGAUGCAAAUGCCGACGCCAAAGCAGCCUUUGAGACACGCAAUGUCGGUACUCUGAACCGAAAGCUCAAGUCUCGACACGUGCAAUUCCUCGCCUUGUCUGGAGCCAUCGGCACAGGUCUCUUUGUUGGCAGUGGCCAGGUCCUGUCUCUCGCAGGGCCCCUCUCAGCCUUUUUAGCCUACACCAUCACGGGCUUCAACAUCUACUGCGUACUCAACAGUGUAGGCGAGAUGGCAGCUUGGUUACCUAUUCCCGGCCCAGUUCCCAUUUUCGCGGCCCGGUUUGUUGAUCCCGCUCUUGGGUUCGCUCUUGCUUGGAAUUACUGGUACCAAUUUGCCAUUGGAGUCCCCAUUGAAGUCACCGUCUCGGCUGUGAUUGUCAAUUACUGGCACAACGACGUCUCUCAAGUCGGUUUGAUUACACUCUUUUACUUCUCCAUGGUGCUCCUGAACUGUCUGCCAGUACGAAUCUAUGGAGAAGCCGAAUUCAUCUUCGGUGCGAUUAAACUGUUAACCAUUGUGGGACUGAUCAUCCUGAUGUUCAUUAUCACCGUCGGCGGUGCCCCCAAUGGCGAGGCAAUUGGUUUCCGCUACUGGAAUCACCCAGGACCGAUGAAUGAAUACCUGAAAGAAGGUGCUCUGGGAAGAUUCCUCGCAUUUAUCAAAGUAUUCAUCACGGCAACCUUCUCAUAUGGCGGAAGCGAGAUGGUAGUCAUGGCCUCUGGAGAAACCGAGAACCCUCGCCGGAAUAUUCCAAAGGCUAUCCGCCGCGUCUUUUGGAGAAUUGCAAUUUUUUACGUUCUCUCAAUCUUCCUCGUGGGCCUCUGCGUCUCAUCCAAGGACCCUGGCUUGCUUAAUGCCAUCAACAAAUCCGCCCCUGGCGCUGCGUCGAGUCCAUUCGUGAUUGCGAUCCACAACGGUGGUAUCAAGAUCCUCCCAUCCAUCAUCAAUGCCGUUAUCCUGACGUCGGCUUGGUCUUCGGGUAAUUCGCUCUUCUACGCAGCGACCCGUGUUCUCUAUGCCGCUGCUCUCGACGGCAAAGCCCCAGCUAUCUUGGCCUGGGAGAGAUUUGGUGUGCCUUAUCUCUGUGUCGCUGUCACCACCGUCUUUGGAUUGCUUGUCUAUCUAAAUGUCAGCAACAGCGGCGCAGAGGUGUUCUUCUGGUUCAGCAACUUGAGUGGCGUUGGAGCGCUCAUCAUCUGGGCAAGUGUCUCUUUCACAUACCUCCGUUUCUAUUACUGCCUUCGCUAUAACGGCAUUGAUCGCAAUACGCUGCCCUUCAAAUCGCCACUACAACCAUACCUCGCUUAUUUUUCCUUUUGCUUUUGUACUAUUGUGGCCGUCUUCAAUGGUUUUGAUGCCUUCUUUCCCGGUCGUUUCAGCGCCAAAUCCUUCUUACCACCGUACAUCAAUAUUCCGAUUUUCUUGGUUUUGAUCUUCGGCUAUAAGUUCAUCAAGAAAUCGAAGUACGUCAAGUACUCUGAAAUGGAUCUGUGGUCUGGCAAGGCCGAGAUUGAUCGCUUGGAGUCGACCUGGCCAAUUGUUCAGCCCAGAAACUGGCUUGAGAGAAUCUGGUUUUGGAUUGCCUAA